UACAAAGAUUAUAAAGCCUAAAGCCAUGGAAAAACCCAGUUUUCCCUGUUUGGUUUCAUGGCUUCUACUUUUUUCUAUUUAUUCAUUGCAUGUGAAAGCAAUGAACGUUAUAGAUUCAUGUUGGCGAUCAGACCCAAAAUGGUCUACAAAUCGUAAAGCUUUAGGCAAUUGUGCUAAAGGCUUUGGUAGUAGUACCACGGGAGGGAAAAACGGAGCGAUUUAUAUCGUAAAUGAUGCUUCCGAUGACUCUGUCAAUCCAAAACAAGGCACACUCCGAUACGGAGUAAUUCAAACCGAACCACUUUGGAUUAUUUUCCAAAAGAACAUGCUCAUUACUCUAAAAAAUGAGCUUAUAAUUAGUGCAUAUAAAACAAUAGAUGGAAGAGGUGCCAAAGUUGAAAUAGCUUAUGGACCUUGUUUCACUAUUCAACUUGUGAAACAUGUGAUAGUUCAUGGAAUUAGCUUGCGUGAUUGUAAGGCAGCUAAGCCUGGGCCUGUUAGAGUUAGUCCUACCCGGGUUCUUCGAAGGUCAGGUACAGAUGGAGAUGCUAUCACCAUACAUAGUUCUUCAAAAGUUUGGAUCGAUCAUUGUUAUUUUGCACGUGCUGAUGAUGGUCUCAUUGAUAUCGUCCAUGGUUCUACUAGUGUAACUGUCUCUAACAAUUACUUUACCCAACAUAACAAAGUGAUGCUGCUGGGGAACCAAGAUGGACUUAUUCCUGACAAAAAGAUGAGAGUCACAAUUGCUUUCAAUCAUUUUGGUCCUGGCCUUCACCAAAGGAUGCCAAUGGUUCGGUUGGGCUAUGCUCAUGUUGCUAACAAUUACUAUGAACCCUGGAAUAUUUAUGCAAUUGGUGGAGCCUCUAAUCCAACUAUUUUUAGUGAAGGGAAUUACUUCAUUGCUGGCACCAAAAAAGAGGUUACACAUAGGAAUAUUGCUAGUCGAAUAGAGUGGGAAAAGUGGAAUUGGAAGUCGUCGAAAGAUGCAUUCACCCAUGGAGCUUUCUUCAAACCUUCAGGAAGUGGAAGUGCAAAUACAAAUUAUACUCCAUCACAGUUAUUUAGUGUUGCUCAAGGAUCCCAAGUUCCUUCUUUGACUUCUGAUGUUGGUCCUCUUAAUCUGUAAUUAGUGUCAAUUUUAGGCACAAUGGUGAGGAGCCUUUAUCUAAUUUCUCCUUAUUUAUGAAGCUGUGAGCCAUGAAUUUUCAUUUUUAAUAUUAAUAAAAACUGCUUGUUAUAUUCAAAUGAAUGACUCAAUGGAAAGAUG